AGUCUGCUUUUCACUUACACCGCGUUCGGACGCUCCAAUAAUUUUAAGAUAGUGUUUAGCAUUUAUAUCAACAAUAACAAACAAAUUAAAUUUAAAUAAUUAAAAAAUAAAACAAUAGCAGAAUUGUGUACCCACAGUUAUACAUAUUAAUCUCAAUAUAUAUCCUGAAGUAAAGAUUCCGUUCGCGUCGGCCCCUUUCGUUCGCUUUCUUGCAUCACACAAACAACGCAAAACAACAAAUGCUAUUAUUAUUCGUACAUUUCGUAAAAUUCAUCAAAUUCCCAAUGUGAAAAGUAUUUGCAUAAUCUUGCCAGCACCCACUCACACAUGUAGACGCACUUGUGAUUAUUGCCCAACCAAAUUCUACCACAAAGCAGCGCCCCAGGCAGAGCAAAAGGCAAAUAGUUACGCUGGCCAAUAAAUGCAAGUGAAAAUGCGAAUGCAAACUAAUUGAAAAAGGCGCAAACAGAGCAGCAGCUGGCGACAAAAGUGAAACGAAAUUGAAAUUAAAAGGUUGUCGCAAAUUAAAAACUUGGCUUUGGCUAGCAACAAAUUGCUCGUGGUGCAAAAUGUCAAAUACUGAAGACAGCGAGCUGGACCCGCAAAUUCAGAUUGAACUGGAGAAUCUCAAUAGUGCUACGGAUGAGAUUAAUAAGCUGGAAAUUGAAUUGGAGGAGGCGAACUCGACGUUUCGCAUACUGCUAAACGAGUCGACACGUCGCUUGAAGCUCUCCUCCAAGAAGCUGGGCAGCUGCAUUGAGAAGGCGCGUCCCUACUACGAGGCGCUGGACAAGGCACGCGAGGCCCAAAUCGAAUGCCAACAGGCGGCAGUCAAAUUUCAGCGUGCCAAUGAAAUCCAUGCGGCAGCCAAGGAAACGGUGGCGCUGGCCGAGCAGCGUUUCAUGUCCAACUCUCACGAAUGGCAGUUCGACAAUGCCUGGCAGGAGAUGCUCAAUCAUGCCACACAGAAGGUAAUGGACGCGGAGAAACAGAAGGCCGACUGCCAUGCGGAACAUCAGCGACGCACGCGGCUCUUUCACCUCGCCGAGCAGAAGUUGCAGCAGCUGGAGGAUCGCUUCAGGCGCAGCAUUAACAAAUCGCGCCCGUACUUCGAGGAGAAGCAGGUCUGCCAGGAUCAGCUGCAGACCCAAAAGAAUCGCAUACAGGAGCUCCAGCAGCAGGUGGGCUGUGCCAAGACGACCUAUUCUACGGCCCUGCGCAAUCUGGAGCGCAUCAGCGAGGACAUACACAGGCAGCGCGGCGAUUAUCCAGCGUUAAGCGGCUCGCCACCCCCGCCUGGACCACGUGAGCCAGGCGUAGGCGCCGAACUCAAUACUCCCACCUCCAGUGCGUUGCCAUCGCUGCCAGAUUUCCAGCUUGAGUUGGAAAAGUGCGACUAUCCAUCGAUAGCGGGCAGCCAAAUGUCUCUGGGCGCUGGCACCGCAACCACACAGUCCGCUGUCGAAACGGAGGACGAGGCGGAGGAGGACAAUGUCUGCGACUACGAUGAUACAGGGCUGGGCAACGAGCUCCGCGGCGUUGUCGAUGAACGCCAGUUGGAGGCAUUACGCCAAAAGGUCAAAAUACUCGCAGUGCGACCCAUCGAAGGCGGCGACGGUCAGCAGCAGAAUGAUGUGUGGGAGCACGAGCUGAAGGAUACGGUGGACAAGCUCGAUCAUCUGAUGAUGCUUAAGGAAGCCGCCAAGCAUCAACAAACCGAGCGUGCCAAGUCCACAGAGCUACGACCAGAUUCUCUGGGCGCCGAGGCGCUCAAGCGCCACAGCGACGUGGACGAUGUCGAUGCCAGAGAUGUUGUCAUCAAAAUCAACACCGCCGUCUCAGUUGCCCACAGCCUGCCCGUCACGCCGCAGCACCAGCACCAGCCCGGCAAUCCAGCCAGCUCCAUUAAAAAGCUGCAGCAGCAUCUGGCGCCCUUGCCAUCGGUGAAUGUUUCCAUGCGAGAGCUGCCCCUGCUAGCGCGGCUCUCCAACGAGCUGCUCGACCGCAGCAGCGCUGCCAUGGGCAGCGUGCGCAGGCAGCUGCGACGUCGCUCCCUCGAAUAGCAGCAGCGGCAGCUCCUCUCUAGAAACUCUGCGGUCGUUUCGCGUAUAUCAAAUUUAAAGUUAGUUUAUAUUAAAUGAAUCGUAAACGUGAACGCAAGUGAAUGAAACGCAUUUAGUUCACACUGAAUAUUGAAUAUUGCCUACAAACAUAUAUAUAUAUAUAUAUUGCAUAUAUAUCUACAUCUAUUUUCGUAUCUAUUAAGUAUCAUAAAUGUUGAGUAAAGUUGAGUGUCCUGCAUUUGUGUGCAAACUUCAAAACAGGCACUAAACAGUAAGCAGCUUUAAGUUAAUGUUUAAAACAAAACAAAAACAAAAAACAAACGCAACUCACUUAUUAAAGAGCAAACGAAAAUGGGCACAUGCACUAAA